UGCUUUUCAAAGCACACAGUGUGCUAGUGCUAACUCCUGUCUGCCAGCGGUGGUCUGCCCUCCUCUCACACUUCUGCCCGGGUCUGGGGUCGUGAAUAAUCCCCUUUCAGCCUGUCGUUUGUCAGCACCUGGUGGCCUUUGGACGAGGACGGUGAGAAACCUUCAAUUAAGCUUAAUUUAUAUUCAAAGUGAGACGUCCAGCUUUACCUGUAUGUGCCUGAGAGUCUGACCCACGUCUGUUCGAUGGCUACCUCAGGCUCCACCUUUUCUGCCUCCACCGCCACCACCGUGCCUGAGGGUUUCCAUUAUGAAACCAAGUUUAUUGUGCUCAACUACCUGGGAAUGCUGCCUGUUGGUAGAUCACAGGCACAAACAGCAAGUGAAGGAGAAGCCCAGACGGAGAGAGAGAGGACAUCAGUGAUAAAGGAGCAGAUAGAGGACCAACUGAGACAACUGGAAGAUGAAAUCGCUGCCUCUGUUUCCACAACAGGCUUCGACCAGCACACAUCUCCGGUGUUCUAUCCUGUCAACCCUGAGACCUCGAUUGAAGACUGUCUGGCUGCAGUGGGAGACCGGGUGGCCAGAGACCUCGACACACACCUGGCAGCAGCCGUACACACACUCCUCGCAGGGAGCCUGAACUUCCAGAGAUUCAGAGACACAACAUUUGAUCUCUCAGCACACACACAGGGAGGCUGGAGCAAGGUGUUAGUACCUUUGGUAUUGCUCCAGGCUUUACAAAGCGAGGGACAUUCACUUACAACUCUGUUAGAUCUCGGCGUUCGCUUCCUGGAGGAGGAUGAAGCUGGCUUCAUCAUCCAGCAGGGGGGAUGGGGGGAGAUAUUCAGCCUCGAGUCGGAGGAGGAGCGAGGUGUGACCAUCGCUGAAGACAGCAACGACAUUUACAUCCUCUCAGGAGAGCAGCAUCCCGACCAGCUCAGCCCCCCCUCCUCGCUGCUCUGCACAGGAGACAACAGCAGCGGGCAGAGCUCCUGGCAGACGGAAAGCUUACCUGUGUCUCUGGCCGGCCACGAGUCGUGGGCACAGGUCGCUGCGAUGGACCCCGAAGACGUGAAGAGCCUGGACAGCAACGAGGGCGUCGCUCUGGCCGAGGAGCGCAGCGAGAACAACUCCUCCAACUCGGACAUUGUCCACGUGGAGCGCGAGGAGGCCGAGCUCCUGGAGGAAGGCGGAGAAGUGGGAGCGAUAGAUGACAGCAUGAUGAGCGUUUUAGGCACAGAGAGUGAUCUGGCCGAGCUCAGGGAAGAAUUCAGGGACCAGACUCCUCCAGUUCCAGAGCCAGCCGAGCUGGACUCCACCACCCCGGCUUCCCUGCUUUCAUUAGAGGAGCCGGUCGUCAUAGAGACCCCUACAAUCUUGUCGGCAGAGCCCUCCCUCACCUCCUCAGAACCAGAGCUGCUCCCUCCAGUCCAAGAAUCUGCAGCCCCCCCUACCUCUGAGCCAGAACCAGCAGCACCUUUAUCUGUUCCUGCAGUAGAACCAGAGCCUGAGCCAGAACCAGCUGCUGCCGCUGCCCCAGUGCUUGCUGAGGUAGCUCCCCCGUCUCUAGCCAAGGAAACCCCCGUUGUACCAGCAGAGCUUGAAGUCACCUCAGAACCAGCUCCUGAACCAGAGCCGGAGCCAGAGCCCGUCACAGUGCCUCCUCAGCCAGAACCAGACACUGCAGCAGGGCCAGAGGGCCUGCAGGCUGAACCUCCUGUCCCAGAGGCCCCUGCAGAGGAGCCCCCAGCGGCGCCAGAGCCAGACGCAGAGCUCCAGGUGCUGCUGUACGGAGGAGCUGCUCUGGUGGCCAUCUUCGCUGUCCUGGCGUACGGAAUCAUAAGCUACAGGAGGAAGUAGAAAAGCAUCCUACUCAAGAGAGGGAAAGCAGAAAACCUGAGGUUAAGAUAGAAAAUAAAAGUACUAGUACACACAUGGUGGGACUCUCUUUACAAAUUAUGUUGGAUAUCAUACAAGGCUGCAAUUUGUUUUUUAAUCUGUGAAAACACAACAUCACAGCAGGGAGUCCAGGCUGCUUCAGUGCACCGGCUGCAGACACAGAACGAGGGGACACACUCCACAGUUCUCCUCACUUUUGAUGUCUUCUCUUCUAAAUGUUUUGGGUUAACUUUCAAGUGUUUUUUGAAUUCUUAAAACUGCAGCUCACCAUUACCAACUGUUAAGAAGAGCGUGGACUUUAAUCCCGCCUCUGCUGGUUUCGGUUUUGGUUGUGUCAGUGGCUCUCUGUUCAGAUUUCAAACGUAGGUGAAGUGAUUCAAACAAACCGCACAACCCCUCCCUCAGCUAAAGUCUACAGUCCACAUUAACUGUUGCUCUGUCUCCUUUGCAGUUAUGUUUUCUUUCUCCCCCUCCCUCCCUCCUCUCUCACUGUGAUGAUAAUCAAAAACUCUGAUAAACAAAACCCAGUGUGUCGUCUGCUGAUGAAUCCUGUGAUUUGAUUUCAUGAGUCAGACUUCUGACUCUUAAGAGGGAUAUUACAUCAGGGUUGUAAAAUUUUAAACUUGAACAUGAUACUAAUAAAAAUCUAAAAACUAAGAAACCACAGCAGGGUAAUCAAAUUAAGCUGUCACUGUCUAAAUUACACUAAUUCAAUGAAACUUUUCCAACAAAUGUGUGCAGUUCAGACAGUUUGCUUGCUGUUUUUGAUGCUUCAUUCGGCUCCUGUCUUCUGAAUUCGACGUACUUUAAGUUUUGGUACAGAAGUCCUGAACAGACAAACAUCCAUACACUUUAGUUAACUCAGUUUUCCAACGAUAUCGAGUGAGUUUCGGUUGUUUUCUGGAGAUUUGGACUUAAUUAUCCGUUAUCUCGGACACUAUCUCAAGGACUAAACGCUGCUUUUCCCUUUAAUAACGACUUAACUUCAGAUCUCAAAGAAAAGGCUUUAAUGAGUCUUUACCUCGAGAAACUUAAAUGUAUUGUUUCAGCUCAGCGCUUUAGCUGUGUUGGUACUUUAACGAUAAAUCAUUAAAAUAAGAUUAUUCUUUACUGCACAAGUGAUUCUUGUCCCUUUUCAUGCAACAUGUUUGAGUUUUAAUUUGAAGAAAUGAUGUAUGUUAAUGUCCUGAGAUGAUCUUUGCAAUCGUCACAUAUAAAUCUUUAAACACUUGUUAGGUCCAACACAGCUCUUCAAAACAGUAACAAGGAGUCUAGUCAUGAUGCAAUCAAUGUCUGUCCCCCUCUUCAGAUUCACAACACUGCUUUCAGUUUCAACCCACUGAGUCUUCACUCUCCAAAGUACAGUGAGGACAGCACCAAGUUUAAGCUUAAUGGAUUUCAUUAUUUAAUGCACCUGAUGGAAAACAUAGCCUCUCCAAUCGAAGACCCCCUUUUCUUUUCUUUUUAAAAUCUUUACCUAAAAAUGGUCCCGGUGUCUCCAGUUAGGAUUCCAUCUCCCUGAGAGGAAAAGGGCACCGCAGUAGGACAGUGUGAGGUAGUGUUGAAGUCAAGACCACACCAACCAAGACCAGAGUCCUCUGAGACCGAGUCAAGACUUUAAGGAUCACAGACAAAGACUUCCGAUUCUGAGUCGAGACUGAAACUGAUGUUGAGUACAACACUAGUGUGAAGUAUUAAAAACAGAAAGUGGGAUAACCUGCAAACAUCAAAACGGCCUCACAUUGUUUGUAUACCUUCAUGAAUGAAGAUGUUAUAAGAACUGUUUUUUAGAGUCGCUCCAGCAAGAACGGUUCAUAUUAGGGAUGUCAUGAUACCAGAUUUUAAACUUCAGUACGAUACGAUUUCAAUACCACGGCAACAAAAACCGAAGUCUAAAUACUCUGUUAUUUCUUGUUUUUGAAAAACUAUGGUUUAAAUUGCACAAAAAUAUGUUGGCAACAAUCUUAUUUGUGCAAUUUAGACAGUGUGCCUGCCAUUUUGAUGAAUUCAUCUCCAAAGCACCACAUGGUAUCAGAGGAUUAAAAGUACAUUUAUGCAUGACUACAUCUCCCAGCUGCAUAAACUUCAGCGGUCACCAUCGAGCCGAUCGUCAGGGAGCAUCAGCUUAGUUUCCACAGAAUGAAAACCCCUCACUGGAAUUUCCCCCGGCCUUCCCCACAUUAAAUUAGAUUUUUUAAAAGUGUGUUUUUCUCCCGUUUAAGGAAUCAUCUCCCAGAGUUUAUCCGUAUGAGUUAGUAAUUAAAAACCGCCUCACCACUUCAAUAUUUUGAUUAUGUUUUGAGGAACGUGGGGAUGCAUCACCGUGAAAAUUCAUGAAAAUAUUUGAUGCAGAAGGGAUGUUUCCAUGUUAGAGGUAGUGACACAUGAGGACUCUGUUCCUGCUUUAAAGGGAAACAGUUCAGAGCAGGACAGAUGUGAGAAGGUCCCAAACAUGACAUUUUGUACCCUGAGUUUCCUACAGCUCUGUUUGAGAUGAGAAUAAAGGAUUGAAAUAUU